CCCAGGCAGGGCUGAUUGAUACGAACCACCUCCACUUUGACUCGCGCCUCCAAGCCGUUGACACCGACGGGAUAACCUUUCGCCGUCACCAUGGUCGAGGAGCUCACCAAGUCCCAAGUGAAGAUGCUGGAGCGGGUCUUCCAGGGCUUCGACAAGGGCAAGACCGGCAAGAUCAGCACGGACGAGAUCUACGACAUGAUGGAGCAGAUCGGGGCGGGCCUCAACAAGAUCGCCAUCCAGCAGAUGAUACAGGAGGUGGACACCUGGGCCACGGGCGAGCUGGACUUCCAUGCCUUCGCCACACUCGCCUCCAGGUUCAUCGUGGAAGAGGACCCCAACAAACUGCGGGACGAGCUCAGACAAGCCUUCCUGUUCUUCGACAGAGACGGCAACGGCUACAUCACGACGGACCAGCUGCGGGAGAUCCUGUGGGAGCUGGACAACACGAUCGGCGUCAGCGACAUGGACCAGAUCAUCGAGGAAAUCGACGCCGACGGCUCUGGAACUGUGGACUUCGAAGAGUUCCUAGCCGUCAUGAUGGGAGGCGAGGAGGAGAAGGAGAAGAAGUUUGUUGGAGAGUAGACCUGACGCGACCUGUACACCAUAAAAGGAGACAAUAAAUUAUUUUUCUAUUUAUUCCCUUCUCA